GCCGAACUUUUCCACCUCUUUUCUACUUCCCGUACUUUCUCCUUUCCCUUCACUUAGACAACACCCAAGGGAAUAUUCUCCCGUUUUUGAAACCAUGGGUACCGGAAAGAAGGAGGCCACCCGCAAGGUUCGCCAGGGUAAAACUGGCGAUGGCAUGGCAAAUGUCAAGGUCAAAGGCGAGAACUUCUAUCGCGAUGCGAAGAAGCUCAAGCGUCUUAAUAUGUACAAGGAGGGCAAGGCGCAGCGUAAUGCCGAUGGUCAAAUCACAAAGGCUGCGUCGUACCAGUCCCGAGAUGUUCCUACUGCACGAAUCGAGCCCAACCGCAAAUGGUUCACCAACACCCGUGUGGUUUCCCAGGACACUCUGAAUGCCUUCCGCGAGGCUAUGGAGGAAAAGGCCAAGGAUCCUUACCAGGUUCUCCUCAAGUCCAACAAGCUCCCCAUGUCGCUUAUCCGUGAUGGCAAGGACACCACCAACGGCAUUAAGCAGCACAAGGCCAAGAUGACGAUCGAGACGGCACCGUUCUCGGAUGUUUUCGGUCCCAAGGCCCAGCGCAAGAGAGUUAAGCUUGACUUCAGCUCGCUUGACGACCUGGCUGACGACACUGAGAAGAGCAUGGACACAUACGAGGAGCGCCAGGAGCAGGCCAGACUUCUCAACGGCGGUGGUGACGAACCCGACGUCUCCAUGUCUAUUGAGCCAGUCUUCGACAAGGGUCAGAGUAAGAGAAUCUGGAACGAACUCUACAAGGUCAUCGACUCUUCUGAUGUCGUUAUCCACGUCCUUGAUGCUCGUGAUCCCAUCGGCACUCGCUGCCUUAGUGUCGAGAAGUACCUUCGCGAGGAGGCUCCCCACAAGCAUCUCAUCUUUGUUCUCAACAAGUGUGAUCUUGUCCCAACUGGUGUUUGCGCUGCUUGGGUUCGUGCACUUGGCAAGGAAUACCCUACUCUGGCUUUCCACGCAAAUAUCAACAACUCUUUUGGCAAGGGAUCUUUGAUCCAGUUGCUCCGUCAGUUCUCUGCCCUCCACUCUGACCGAAAGCAAAUUUCUGUUGGUCUUAUUGGUGGCCCCAACACUGGCAAAUCCUCCAUCAUCAACACAUUGCUCAAGAAGAAGGUCUGCACUGUUGCUCCUAUUCCUGGUGAAACCAAGGUCUGGCAGUACGUGACCUUGAUGAGGCGCAUCUACCUUAUUGAUUGUCCUGGUGUCGUUCCCCCUUCUACCUCCGAUACGCCUACCGACCUUGUGUUGAGAGGUGUAGUCCGUGUCGAGAAGGUCGACAGCCCUGAGCAAUACAUUCCCGCACUCCUCCAGCGUGUCAAGAGACGCCACAUGGAAAAGACUUACGAGCUUACCAACUGGACCAACGCUACCGAACUCUUGGAGCUGCUUGCCCGCCGUGGUGGCCGUCUCCUAAAGGGAGGUGAGCCUGAUCUGGAUGGUGUUGCCAAGAUGAUGCUCAACGAUUUCAUGCGAGGCAAGAUUCCUUGGUUCACACCCCCUCCUAAGCUGGACGACAACAGUGGUGAGGUCAAGGCUGGACGUCAGGGCAAGCUCGGUGAGAUGCCUCUCAAGCGCAAGGCUACCGAAGAAGCUACUGAGGACGCUCAAGAUGAGUCCGUCGUUGUGGAUGCCGCUAAGGAUGAGGCUGAGGAUGAUGAUGACGAAGAGGAGGAGUUUGAAGGCUUUGGCAGUGACACCGAGGGUGGCCUUUCACGCAAGGCCUCCUUUGGUGCUACCACCGCUGGAGAAAGCAAUGACGACAGCGAAGCUGACGACAUUCUCUCGAUGGGCUCCGAUGAUGAGGAGGAAGCCAACGAGGAAGCCGAGCCCGUUGUGAAGGAGAUUUCGAGCAAGAAGCCUGCCCCUACAAGAGCCAGCAAGCGCACCAGAAGGUGAAGCAAAGUCUGCUGACAACUGGCGUACAAUUGCAACGACAGAAUGAUACCCCUCAUUAGCCGCUUCCUUACCAAUCCAACCUUAAGGGCGUCAGUGACGAUAUCGACCUCUACAGGCUUCACUUCCAUGAACGACGAGAAGCCGAUGAUUAUGGCAGCGAAUGCCAAAUCAUGCUUGCAGACAAGUCAUUCUGCCUUGAGGGUAUAAUGAUAGCCUUGGCUGAGUGCUGACGUCGGUGUCCGGGCAAUCCAGUGGCAAUAAACGACUGAUGUAUGCCAAGACUCCAAAAGCCGCAAGCGAGUACGAGAGAGACAACCACUCCAUCGCCGAGCUACUGGCCGCUCAGCCCGAUCGAAGAUGGGACGCACCAGUUAGCUGAAGGCUGCGCUAGCGAAUCGACGUCAUCAAGUAGGCGCCCAAAGGCGAAGUCUUGUAAAAUAUCGCCGGCGCAGAAAAGGGACAUGAAACAGUACCUUUUUGGAUUGAAGAGCUAGCGCAUGUACAUUGUAACGAAAGGAAUGUAUACUCUAAUUUAAAUAUCACGACCAUCAUUAUGAUUCAAGCGUCCUAUUAGUCCCUCCCA